AUGAAGAUUCUCUUUCUAUGCACGGCCCACAAUUCUCUUUCGCAGCGUCUCUACCUUUCCCUGUCACGAAAGCACGAAAUCACAAUCGAGUAUGCGCUGUCGGAUGAGCUUAUGCUCUCGGCAGUUACACUCGCCGAUCCUGACUUGGUCAUUUGUCCCUUUCUCACAACGCUGGUUCCAAAGGAGGUCUACGACAACUACCUAACGUUGAUCGUUCACCCUGGCCCACCCGGAGACAUCGGCCCAAGCGCUCUUGACUGGGUCCUGAUGGGCGACGAUGGUACCAUCAACAGUUCGACUGAGCUCCUACGACGGCUUGAGAGUGAGCCCUGUCGAUCAGGCCGAAGCUAUUGGGGCGUUACUAUCUUGCAAGCUAUCGAGGAGUUCGACGCUGGUCCGGUCUGGGCAUUCGAUCAGUUCGAAAUCGAUAUCGACCAGGCAGGAUUGACCAAGGCAGAGCUCUAUCGGGGCCCGGUAACUCAAGCAGCCAUCACGGCGACUAUUGCUGCAAUAGCACGGAUACAAGAUGCGGCUAUUACUCGUCAACACCAAUCGCCGUCGUCCAACCCUUUUCCACCUAGCCUGCAAGCCGAUCCGGAGUUCGGACUACUCUCAGUGACCAACAGAGCCUCUUUCAAGGGUGGUAGACUCCAUCAUCGACCGUUGCUCAAGGCUGUACAUCGAGAAUUCGAUCCAUCUAGACACACCGCCGAGCAGGUCUCACGUCGAAUCAGAUGUGGCGACUCUCAGCCAGGCGUGCUGAGCGGGGUCUUCGGUGGCAGUCUGUAUGUCUACGGCGGCACGAUAGAGGACAACGCUGCUGGCCGCCGGCCGACGACGGUCGGAAAGGUCACCUCGAAAGUGCUCGGCGCUCGCAACAAAGCCAUCUGUAUUGCGACCUGCGACGGCAGAGGCGUCUGGAUCACACACAUCCGCAGGCCAAAGACCAAAUACGACAAGGCACUGUGGCCCAAAGUUCCUGCAAUUUCUGGACUCUUGGAGCUCGGCUUACUCAAGGCUGAGGAGCUACAACUUCUGUACUGGUCUGCGCCUCUCGACUGGUCGUUGUCAUCUUUCUCCACGCAUCAGGAGGUCUGGGUCGAUAUCGAGGUAGAUGGAGACGACAAUAAAACAGCAUAUCUCACCUUCGACUUCUACAACGGCGCCAUGUCAACGGAAAAUUGCUCUCAAUUGAUACAAGCCAUGGACUACGUGCUAUCACUCUCGACUCUCGAAGACCCGCUACAGGCUGUUGUCCUAAUGGGCGGGUCAUACUUCAGCAACGGCAUCGCCCUCAACGUCAUAGAAGCGGCAGCAGAUCCGGCACUCGAAUCGUGGCAGAACAUCAAUCGCAUCAACGACGUCGUGUAUUAUCUGCUCCACGAGUUUCCGUCGAGAGGUAUACUCACCGUCGCUGCAAUGCGAGGGAACGCCGCUGCUGGAGGAGUAGCACUGGCCGCCGCUUGCGACAUCGUCAUUGCCGGAGCCAAUGUUGUCCUUAAUCCGGCAUACCGUGCGGUUGGCUUGUACGGCUCCGAAUUCCACACAAUUUCUUACUCGGGUCGAUGUGGCGCAGCCAGGGCAUCGAGAAUUCUUCGCGCGAUGACGCCCAUGAGCCCACUGCAAGCUCAAGCCAUCGGACUCGUGGACUAUGUCUUUCCAGAUACGGGAGAGCUUCUCGAUGACCACAUCCGUAACCACGUGGAUCUGCUGCUUCGGCCUGGCAUCAUUCAACAGGGUCGCUGGAAACGCAAUAUCGACCUGUCUCCGGGCGCCUUAGCUUCGGCACGAUCCCUAGAACUUGGUCAGAUGAGUCAAGAUUUCUGGAGUCCACGUUCCGCCCGCUACCACAGCCGCCGGUUCGACUUCGUUCGGAAGAUCAAGCCCUCUCAAACACCACUCCGCUUCGCCACCCAUCGACGAAAGCUGGACGUUACUCGUCGAGACGAGGAAGAAACCGACCUAUUCGACAGUGUCGAGUACUUCCGCAAGACAGCAGAGGAUCAAACAAUG